CCUCCACCAAAGAAAUGAAUUUGUUAUUAUUAAUUAUUAUUUCAUUUAAAUAUUAUUAAAAAAAAAGUGUUUAAUUUGCAGAAAUACAUAACAUUACACAAGACAAGUAGACAUGACAUGGGUUGAUGUUGAGAAAUAAGUAAAGUAUUAAUAAAAUAAAAGAAUAUGCAACGGCAAAAACAAAUAAACCUUAAUUAUUUCUUAAACUCAGGAUCAGUAUGACACACUAAAAUUAAUUAUUUACCUUAUAUUUAAUUAAGACUCAUUAGGAUAAUCUUACCAUUGUCAGGGUGCGGAGCUGGAAGUGCAGGUAAUUUAAUGUACAGGAAUUAAACAAAACAAAGAAACACUGACUAGAGACAAAACACACACGCACAUACUGACUGACGUGGAACACGUACAAGAAACACUGGACAUGAGACAAAAGGAGCCAUAAAUAGACACCGAGAAUUGGGAUCACCUGUGGCUGGGAACGAGAGGGGCGAGGCUACAAAUGGGUAGGCGGGAGCACUAGACAGGGGCCGAAACACGCAGAAGCACAUGACGGGGUGGAAAAAUACAGAGAAAGACCCGAAAGAAGCGUAAACAGAGCAAGAUAGUGACAACCAUUUUCAGUAGCAGAACGAUUACAGCUACAUUUGUGUCAUAUGAAAUGCCACACAAGUUUCAAAGCUAAGUGUUUUCAGAAAACCUGUAUCAUUUAAAUUCACAAAUUUUAACCAUACUGAGAUGCCGCUCCCACAGGCGGUAUGAAACUGAAAUUCUGCAAAAACACUUCGAUAAAUCCACAAGAUAGUCCUAGAAACAUGAGGCCUUGACCGAGCGAAAGCUUCAUGCCCUGCCCAUAUACAAAUCGGGCUGUUCAUAUGAUAACAGUAUAUCCCUCCAGAUCCACCACACACACUAACUGAAAGAAAUACAUUAAGAACAAAAAUGUGUGUACAAUAUGUAAUGUUAGUGUGAGUGAACCUCAAGAUUUACUAGUUAGCAAUUAGUUUUACAUUCCAACAAAUCUGGAUCACUGCAUCUGUUGGUUGAUCAGUUUUGAAUGUAAGAAUUCACUCUAAGUGUAUUGAUAAAAACAGAAUAAUACAAUUUGACAUAAUUAGCAGUAAUUUAAUUCUUAGCUUCUUCUUAUAAUGUAUAUUUUUUUUCUGGGACAGUUAUAGGAAGUUUUUUGUAGUAUUUGCAAAAUGUGUUUAUCAUUGAAAAUUGGUGUGAAAGCAAUGAGAAAUAAUAGACAUAUCAGAAAUGAGCAUUGUUAAUUUUUGUCAUUAUAAAUUUUUCAGAUGUUUCAGUGCUUUAAAGACUUUUAAAGGAUUUUCUUUUCAAAACUGUAAUAUAGAAUUGCACUAUGAUAUCAGUAUAUUUAUGCACUAAUGCAAUAACAAAGAGUAAGGAAAUUAUUAACCGUAUUUUUUCAGCUAUUUGACAGAAAUGUGGAAAAGCAUGGGGAGAAAGACCCGGGUAUUUUCCCCAGAUACCAUGCCAGCCCUGAAAGUGCAUGUGCCAGGACAGCAAGGAAACACAUCGGAAUGUGGCAUAUUUGUGUUGAUGCAUGCAGAGUAUUUUUUGAAUGAUCCUCCAAAGCAACUCAUCAAUGAGCUGGACUGCACAUCAUGGUUCACGUUAAACGAGGCCUUUUCCAGGCGUAGACAGAUCAGGGAUGAAAUGAGACGUAGUUUGAAAGCUUUGUCCAGUGAGGAGAUACAGGGCAUUUCAACUCAAGCAAGAGAAGGGAGAAGCAUAACUGAAAAAAAUGAAACAGCUGGAAGAGAUGAAAAUGAAGUGCACAUAGUGGAGGGAUGUGGAAAAGAUGGAAGAAAUGAGGGAUGUAUAGUUGAAGCAGAGGAGAGAAGAGAAGGAAGAGAACAUGAUGAGGAAAGACACCUUGAAGGAAGUGGAAAAGAUGGAGAAGUGGCAAACGCAACAGAUGAACAAGAACAAGAAACUGAGGUGCAGAGAGGCAAAACAAAAGGAGGAGAAAAGUAUAAGGUGGUCAAGGAUACAGAAAAAGAAAGUGUAGGCAAAGAAAGAGAAGACGCAAGCAUAGAUCAGGGAAGAGAUUACCCAGUUCUGGGAAGGCUGGCAGUACCAGGGACCAAAAGAAUGUACACAAUCACCCAAGAAGAAAUAGACAGAAGGAUCAAGGCAGAAAAUAUGUCCAACAAUAUGUUGAGAAGUCUGAUCAGGGUUCGGAAAGAGGACCUCCCUGAAGAGCUUAGGGAGCAACGACCAAAAAAGCCAAGACCAAAAUGAGCAUCUUCUCUGCCCUCAGUGAAGGGGAGGCUACUGACUUGGCCCUUGGACUGGGAGCUAUGCUUGGACGACAUGUGGACCUGGAUUUAAGUGAGAGUGUUUCCAAAGCUGAGGCAGAGGCUGCAAAGAAUGUCCUCUGCAUGAUCCAUCAGAGACUGAGAGAAACACUGGGAGAGGAUUCACAUUUUAGUCUUCUGACACAUACUUUUGGACCACAAGCAGUUGACACUGUGAUUUCAUUUUUAAUCAGUCUUCUUAAAAAAACAUAAUGCAAUUCCAAUACAUCUAUGUAUAAUGCAAUACAGUAUUUCAUGUACAGAGUUACAGAGGGCACUUGGUCUUAAAUAGUCAUAUGAAAGGCAUAAUAUAUGUGGUCAUUGUUACAAAAUUUCACAUAUGCAAUUCAAGUGCGGUUUCAUUGUUAGGACAAUCUACUUGUGAAUGUGCUUUCUGUAUUUUCGUUUUAUUUUCUUUGAUCUGUGUGGAAACAAAGGUUUAAUCUUUCUGGUCACAUCGCUAGUUACUGCUGGAAAUGUAUGUACAGCCCUGUUAGCAUUUGUUACUGUAUCAUGCAGUUUCUCAAUUUGCUGCUGAAUAGGCUGAGGAACAGUUUGCCAUUCUUGCACAGUCUCCAGUAUUUUAUUUAAUUUCUCCAGCACUGUUGCAGUGCAGUCAACUGCUGUAUUCACAUUUAAGUGGAAUAAAGUGUUGACCUUGCAUGGA